AUCGCAUCCCAUCCUCUCCAAACCCUUACUCUACUCUAUUCCAUUCGCAAUCAAGACAAGACGAUAGACAAUCUUGUCAAUCUAUCACGACAUGAUCAUUGAUCAACCCCUUCCCCAUGUUCGGCCCGCCGACCACUACUGGCCACUGACCACUGACCAGCAUGACUCAGAUGAGCUUGGAUGGGGAUGGGGAUGGACCGGACCGGGUUGGAUGGGAUGGGAUGGGAUGGAAUGGCGUUGGUGUUCUUCCCGAAAAAGGCACUUGGACUAAGCACCUGGCACUCGCGUCUCAGCCCUGUUGUGGGAACUGGAGCUGGUUCAUGUUCUUGUCCGUACCUCGUACGAUCGCGAAUAAUAGCUCCUUGUCCUGCUACUCAUAGGCCUACCCCGAGCCUACUCUCUAGUCAUGGACACCAUACACUGUACCAUGUUUUAUCGCUCGCGUUGCUUGCCUUGCCUUGUCUUGCCACGCCAGGUGCGUGGUGGUGUUGGUGUAGGUUCGAGUUCGAGUUCGGCUAGGAUACAAGUACCACCUGGACACAGCACAAGUCCACAACACACCGAAGACAACACAACCUUACAUAGCGUAGCCAUAGCAUAGUCAGAGCCCCUGAAAAAAAAAACCACACACAGUCCUAGACCCCUUCCCCUUUCCCGUCCCUGUUCCAGUUCGCUUUAUCUGUGCGGUACGCGGUAUGCGUUCGGGUAGACCCAUUUCGGUGGAGUUAUAAAGAAGGGCGCGCGGCCUGAUUGUCCCAUAUUUUUUCCUUGCUCCUUCUUCUUCCGCUAUUCUGGAAAACUGAUUUGGGUUUUUGGAUUCUUCCUUUUGACCGCUUUUGCCUCAACUCUAUUUCGAUCUCUAACUUUAACCUGCAAGACGAGUCAGAAAUUACCCGAAACACCGUUUGAGAGAACGUGUCUGUCUACCCUACCAAGACAUAUUUUGGGGCUCGUCCGUAUCUCCCAAGGCUUCUCACCGCAUCCACCAUCCCGAUUUGGCUCCGAUCUCACUCAUUCUCACAUCACACACAUCCAUACUUCAUACAUAUAUACACCCUCAAUCCUCCCACCUUGGACCUCUGAAGUUGCAAAUAUUACAUACCACAAACCCAUACUCAGAUCGUACCAUAAGAUAUAAGAACAACUAGCCACAAAACAUUUCAUACCCAACAACCAUACCAAACAACCCAUCAUCAUGUCUUCCACCACACAAACCCAAUACACCAACCAACAACAAUACUACCUCAUCACAAACGUCACCUCCACCUACCACCAACAACAAACCUCCCGCGAAGAAUUCGAUCUCAAAUCUAGCAACACAUCUUGGAAACUACCAUACACCAUCGACGACGAGGAUCUCACCUUCGACGGAAAACCAUUGAACAUGUUAUACGAAGAGAACCGAAUGAAAGCCGAGCGACGAGAUGAGAGAGUAUGUCCUCCCACCACCUAAUCCCAACUACCAAAUAACUAACCAACCCACAGAAGCCAUCCCGAGGACGCUCCCGCAAUGCAAAGAAGUGAAAGAAAGAAAAAUUAUUCACACGUCAAAUCAAAAGCAAUCAUCCAUAAAUCACGAGAAAGAGGAAGAUAAAAACCCGGAUUCGCGACUCGCUUCGGCCCACCUCGAUCGCUACACGCACCAAUGAGUCACAACAAAUCAACAACCCAUCGCAAUCGCAUAACCGCACGAACCGCGUCUGAAAAUAAACAUCGCAAGGAGAAAAGUAAAAGAAAUAUCUCUCUCAUCCUCCUCCAUCAAGGUGUCCAUUCCAAAUCUAAAUCCAAAUCCAGACCCGAAAAGGUUCAUAUCAUCCAAAGAAAGAAAAACGCUCGCACCUCACCACCAGUCCCCUCAAAGCGCGCAAGCCGCCCCUUCAGCCCACCAAAACCAAAACCAAAAAAUCCCAUUCAAGGACAAAGCUCGCACUCGAACCCGCCCCCCCC